UUUAAUAAAAUAUUGGCCAUUUUAUCGGUACACAGCGUCAAAGAAGAUUAUAUUGGAUUUUAAGAUGCCAGUAUAAGUGAUUAUAGAGAGAUUCCGGCUUUCUAUGGGAGCUCGAAAUGGUCGGAAUUUAGCUAAUUGUUAUUAGGAUCACAGAAAGGCGAAGAUGUUGUCGAUCUACAUUUACCAUCAGAGAGCACUUACCAUCAGUACACUUACCAUCGGCACUGCUAGUCGCGUGCGAGCUCCUAUAUCAUCCUGUGCUCCUGUUAACUCUUUUUCAAAACGCUGGCUAAAAUCGAUUGUCUCGGGCUGUUCCAACGAGUAACUGCACGCUUAUUUUCGCUUCUAGAGUACUUUUGACAGUGUUAGGUUAGGGUUAGGUUAGAAUACUGAUAAAGUUAUCAAACAAUUCACACGUCAUUCUUUCUUAAGGUUCUUGGAAGGUAUUUUUUGUAAAAUUUAAAAACCCAAUUGUUAAUAAUUUGUUAAUUAAAUAUUAAAAGUCAGAACAUUUCCUUGUUGAAUACGAUUUUUAGAAAUGUGUGAUUUAAACCAAUGCCAUAAAUUAUAUAACCGAGAUAUAUAAUCACCGGGACUUAUAAGAUCUUCAUAUGUAUAUAUAUAUAAAUAUGUCUGUAUAAAUAUAUUGACUUUUGUAACACUUCACGAGGAUAUGUGUAUAUAUUAUCGCAUUGUGAUAUAAUUAUUUUCGACUCUUUGGGACCAAGAUGCCCGAACGAAUCGAAAUCGGUAUUAUUCCAAACAAUUUGAGACAUGAGGAAACUAUAGUUCAAAUAACGGAAGCUCUGGACAACUUGGGUGAUGCAGUCUCAUAUAUAUUUGAUUGUAUUGAUAGGAGACUUUCAGAAAAUACACAAAGACUAACCAGCAUUAAAGAAAGAGCUAGGAAGCUAGAAGACAGAUUGCACUAUUUACAAACUAAUUUAAAUCUGAAAGCAGUGAAAAUGUACUCGGCUGCAAAAUAUCCAGCUAAUCAUACUUACAAGGAGUAUCAAAUGACUAUACCUCCGCAGUACAAGCAUGCAGCUACUAUACCAAGUGUUUAUAAAUGUUCUGUGCCUAUAACGGAUAUUCCAGAAUCAUAUUUAUCUUCCAAUUGUAAGACGGAAGAUGGUCAAUAUACUGCAAAUAUCAAUCUCCAAGAAAAACUUCAAUUUUAUCAUGUUCGAUCAAAGGCUAGCAAAAAAGAUAACCCUGAAAUUGAUGAUGAACCGUUCCCAUCACAAUUAUCUUCAGUUAGCGCCUUCCUGCUAUUCGAUAGUAUGGAUAGUCCAUAUGAAAAAACGCCUAUGAGAUCAUCCCGUCAAUCUACUGACAAGCAACAAAUUGAGGAUGCUCCAGAUUCGAUUGUACAACCGUGGCUUGCAUCAGAAAUAGACGCGUCUUCUAGCUACUUGUAUACACCAACUCUUGGAGAGGUGCCUCAAAUCAACGUACCGUUAACGCUUCCGGAUCUGCCAGGCAUUGUAGAUGAUGAGAAGUUUGUGCUUGAUCUCAAUUCCCAAAGUCCUAUUGCACCAUCGUCCGCAGUCACAACGCCUACUGUCCGUCUAGAUCUACCAACGCCAAUUAGUGACGGAAAGAACACACGGGAUAGCGCUCCGCACUUGCCAAUUCUGACUGAAAGCAUGUCUGCCAGGACAAACGCAUCGUUGCAAGAACCUGCGCCGCCACCACCUCCACCUCCCACAUUUUUCGCGAGCGCAGAUAAUACCACGAGCAACGAAAAGACUAAUUUCCAGCAAAUUAUGGCAUCUCCGCCACCGCCACCGCCGCCGCCACCACCGCCACCACCGCCGCCGCCAUUAGCCGUGGAAUCAACAGUGCCUACAUCAAACGACAGUUCAGAUAAGAAAGAAAAAACAACAAAACGUCUACCUGCAAAAACGGUAACGGAUGAUCGUUCCAACUUGAUGGCAGCGAUUCGAGACGCCGGCGGCAUAGGUAGAGCAAAAUUGAGGCCUACUGUACCGGAUGAGAAGAAGUGCGAUCGAUGGUCCUCGGCAUCGGUCGGGGGAGAUCUGAUGGCUGACCUACACGCGAAACUUGCUUUGAGACGUAAAGGUAUCGCCGGCUCCACGGUGGGCGCUUUGGAGCGAAUGUCGAGUCUGGUACCACCGCCUCCGAAGCCGAAUGAAGCAUCCGCAUCGGACAGAAAUUCCGCCACCAGUGAAUACGACUCUCAGCCCGAUACUGAUGAUUGGGAAGAGUGAUCACUGCUGUUGUGGCGACUAAUUAAGUAGCAUACAGUUGAGCGAUUGUUGUAACAAAUGCAAAAUCAUGACAAAUGGCUUAAACUUUCAGUAUUCGCGUGUAACUCAGGGGAAUUUUUAAUCGACAAGUUCGACGAUGAAAUAGGAGGCUAGAAUCGUAAUAUAUAAAUCUGGGAAAAUUAUUUUUGUUAUUUAAUAGAGAGGUGUGUUUAUGAAAACUCUAUUUUCGCUUUAAAUUUUAUUUUACACAAUUGCCAAUUAUAUCUUUUCCUAAUAUUAUAAUAAUUCACGUUAGUACGAAAAAAACAAUGUGAUGAAUGGAUUCACAAUUGAAUUACGUAAUUUCUAUAGGGAUAAUAAAAAAUUUGCUAUGAAAACAAAUAACAGAAUAAGUUUUUAUUUUGUGCGUCCAUACAUUUUUCUGGCAAAUCAGAUUAAAAUCUGUUGGAUUAUUUAUCUACAUAUUUAUUAUCUAUAUAUUUAUUAUACAUCAGUUUUGUUUGUUAUAUGUAUAUAGGAUCUUCCCUCAGAAGUCUUGUAUAAAAUAUUAUAUUUCCAUUAUAAUCUUGAUUUUACAUUUCCUAAUAUGCAAUAUGAUGUUUAAUAAUACGAAUGUAACUAAUGUAUAUAUAUAUAUAUAUAUAUACUGUUACGUUAAUGUUAAUAAAGUUUUAUAUUCAAGCUGUAUAAUAUACAAUAUAUUUAUAACAUCAAUAUAGAAGUUUGUACCAUAUACCAUGAUUAUUAAAAACAGUCUUUCAACAUGCAUCUUAGGAAUUAUUAUCACAAUUCGUGAUGCGAUAUGUAUAUAUAUAUAUUUUUUAAUUUGAUAAAA